CUCUGCUGGGCAAAUCUGACUCUCUCUUCCUAUUUUUAGUCCUGCUGCUGCUGCUUCUCUCUUGUUCGCUGCUGCGGCUGAAGCCUUGGCGGACCCCUCGAUGAACAAAACCCCUUCCUGCUGAGCAACGCCCGCGGCCCUAUAUUAAAGAUUGAAGAAUGUACCGGCGAGGCUCUGCUGGGCAAAUCCGACUCUCUCUUCCCAUUUUCGGUCCUGCUGCUGCCCGUUCCACUGCUUAAGAUGACCCCCCAGCAGCGCCGCAGGUCUCGCAACAAGAACAUCCCCCACAAUCUCAUCCAGAAUUGGCAAUGCCCCGGCGCUGAGGGUGCAAGGCCUGUGGUGCGCCGGCCAAUCACCGCCUGUGAAUCGUGUCGCUCUGCAAAGGUCAAGUGUACCGGGCCCCAGAAUGCCUGUGAUAGAUGUACGACCCGGGGUAUCCCCUGCAGAUAUACUGCCCCCUCCACCUCCUCCUCCUCCAGCUCGCGUCCUACCACGGCGUCCAUGAGUCGUUCCAAUAAUGUCGACAGCUCCGUCUCGUCGUCCAUUAGUCACUCGCCCUCCACGGUGAAUACGCCGCUAUCGGGGUCACUCAAGUCGUCCGUUCCGAUGACGAUAGAGUGGGAGAUGGACACAGCCGACCCACUGCGCCUCAACGAUGAACCGCACUCGCAGGACCUGAAUGGCGUCGACUGGCCGAAGGACAUGUCAAGCUACCUAUUCGACUGGUCGUCACUCGACCUAGGCCAAAAUACUAUCGAUCCUUUAAAUACGCUGGGUGCCGGCGAGCUGGAUGUCUUCCCAGCAGCGGCGCAGUCACCCCUCCUAACAAACCAGGAUCGUAGUGCCGGGCUGGCUACAAACACAAUCCCUGCUCUCUCCCCGCCACAGGGCAGCUGCCAGUGCCGCACCAACCUCAUGCUACAGGUGCCCGAGGUCCACGAGGCAAUGCAGGCCAAGCCGCAUCCGCAGCUCGACCGGAUAUUCAAAGUCACAGGGAACGUGCUCGGUGCAUGCCGAGAUCUCAUCAUCUGCGCUAGCUGCCAGGUUAGCUACGCUGAUCUCGUCUGUGUUGUUGCAGUGCUGCAGCAGACGGGGACUUGCUUCGAGAAGAUCGCCAAUGGGGGCAUGACGACUAGCACGAUCAAGGUGUGUGUUGGGCAGUAUGAGGUCCCGAUCGCGAAUGAAAUCAAGCUGCGGCAUAUGCUUGUCAUGGACCUGGUGGCGCAGGCCAACUGCUUGUUGUCGCUCUUACGGAAUCGGGGGCAGAGUCUGAUACAGUCGCAGGGGCCGGCGCAGGACCGGCUCACGCAGAUCAAUAUAGAUUACAUGCAGGAGGUGGUGAAGAAUUUUGAACAGACGUUGCGAUCGAUAGCUGAUUCGCUUGAUAAACCGGUGUCAGAUAGUUAG